GGUUGGUAGCAGUGCACAGCAGUAUUUUGUGCCGGAGGGGGUGAGUGGUGCGCCUUUUUCAUCCCCGACACACAGACUGUGGCGCAAGCACAAGGAUGCGGGAGGUGGCGCUGUUGACUUCUUCGGCGGGAGAUGGGCUGGCCACUGUGGUCGACGUCCUCACGGGCACGCAGCUCUCGAGCCUCAAGCACUGCUCCUCGCAGCCUGGCUCCACGGCUUUGAUCGCUGGGGACUUCGUUGUCAGCGCACAGGUGAAGGGGACAGCGGUGCACUUCUGGGCCUGGGGAACCGAACAGCCGAGGCUCAAGUGUCACGCGCCGGAGAAGCUCGGCCCCCUUGCCGUGACCGGACGUAAACGUUGCAAGGCGGUGUCGGCGCUGGCGUUCAGCCCCGAGGGCUACUUCCUCUUCUCGGGCGGGGAGGACGCGAUGGUCUCCUCGUGGAACAUGCUCGCAGCCGUCGACCCUGACGGGGGGGAAGCCUUCAAGGGCGGCGGCGGCGGCGGCGGCGGCGGGAAGUCGUCGCUGCCUGCAACGUGGACCUCCUCGGAGCACUCCCUCCCCGUCACUUGCCUACACGCCGCCAAGGCCGGUGGCAGGGUCUACUCAUGCUCCCUCGACCGAACCGCCAAGGCCUGGGACGCGUGCUCCGGGCGGCUGCUCCUGUCGGUGACGUGCCCCGCCUUCCUUAAGGCGGUCGCCACGGACCCCGCCGAGGCGUUCUUGUUCACCGGGGGAGGGGGUGGGACGAUCUUCCAGGUUUUCGUGCAAGGGUUCUUGACCGAGCUCGUCGCAAUCUGUUGUCAGGAGUUGCAUGGGCACGAGAAGGCGGUGACGAGCCUGUCGGUGACGGCGGACUCGUCGGUGUUGGUGUCGUCGUCGGAGGACGGGACUGUCAGGUCAUGGCACGUGGCCAGCCGACAGUGCGUGCAGAAGACGGAGGGGGUCGUCGGGGGGAAAGGCGCGGUGUCCCAAGCACUCCUGAUGCCUUUGCCCGAAGCGCUAAUGAUGGUGCGCGCCGCCGGGGCGGGCGGGAGGAAACGGCAGUCCGUGCCGCUGUCGCCCUUCGACAAGUUCAUGAGGUCAUCGUCAUCGUCCUCGGGGAAGAUCAAGCCUGGGGCUGGCGGGAUGGGCUUCGACUUCUCGGCGGGGUGCACCCCAGUCGUCCUGAAGGGCGCCCACUGCCCCCGCGGGCGGUUAAGCGGGGCAAUCUCAGGGGGGACAGGAGGCUCGGCCUCGACGAUAGGAGUUCGGGCAGCCCUGGACGCAAUACAGGGGCGGGGGUUAGGGAUGCAGUCCAGUAGGGGGGGCGGCGGAGCGGCAACUUGCGAGGGGAGGAGGGAGGAGCGGGAGGAGGGGGAGAGGGCCGCCAAGGUUGCGAAGUUGGAGGGGGAGAUCGAGCGAUUGCGCAGCGAGAAUCUUCGAUGGCAGCAGGUCAACAACACCCUGUUCCAGAAGCUUGGUGCGGCGAAUAAGCCGGCGUAGGGAUAGAACGGCCGAGAAUUUUAGAGUGUAGGACUGUGCUAGCUAGUAUCAUCGGCAGAGUUACCUUAGGUUCCAGCUCCCCUAUCGCGGGCUAUCGUGCACUUACGUGCCACCAGCUGGGUGGCCAUGCCCUCGAGUGCUGAAGCUAGCGUAUGUACAAUCCCAAGCGAAGUUGCCGAACCCAUGUAUGUAUCCACAUUGGUGAUUCUUGUGAAUUUUUUGUGUUGCGUUCGCGUAAGCACUGACCGCGUACACCGGUUGACCUAUGAAAUACCAGCUGGAAAAUACGUCAAGCUUUUUUUUUUUGUUAUUUGUGCCUAUUGAAGCGUAUUGCCGGGCGAGACCAUGCUUGUCCCGGAAGUUGGGACUGAGGGACGACGGCUUGAUGACUGUGUUCAUCCGCACGGUUGACGCCUUCGGCUACACGGCACCGUUUAGGGAGAGGAGGGGUCGC